GAACAUUCUACAAAGUUGAAUCAGACAAAAUUGAGCCUUGAUCACAACCACCCCGUUGAAGAAGCUCGUGAGUUGUGCUGUGCCGAAUUCGAGCCCCGCCCGGUGUCAAGGCGAGCCGGGUCGUAGACGAUGGAAGAUGGUAUUGAUGGAGAGCUUGAAGGGAGGUUUGUGAGGGCUUAUCAUUUGAUACCAAGAAUGAUCGCUACUGCGCUUUCUGGUGCUCUCACAGGCCUCUUUGCUCUCGCUGGGGCUUUUACAGGAGCCAUCACUGGUGCUUUAGCAGGUAGGGCUUCUGAUAGUGGUGUCCUUCGUGGAGCUGGACUGGGCUCCAUUGCUGGUGCUGUUCUCUCUGUAGAGGUUUUGGAGGCUUCCCGUGCUUACUGGUGUUUGGAGCGCUCGGGCUCACGGAGUUCAUCAUCCAUGGCAGAUUUUAUAGAGGAGCUCUUCCGCAGUAGGUUUGUAGAGGAACCGUUUCCACCACCAAUGUUAACGGCUUAUCAUUGGCAGGUAAUUGAUGGUAACAUAAGCUAUGAUGAGAUACGCGAUGUCUAUAUAGGAGCAUCUACCAGAGGCUUGUCGGAGGGUGCACUAAAAAAGCUUCCAUGUCAUGUAAUAUCGGAUGAAAUCAAGACAAAGCAAAGCAUCUGUUGUACAAUAUGUUUACAGGAUGUUGAAAUCGGGGAAAUUGCAAGGAGCUUGCCGCGGUGCCACCACACGUUCCAUUUGACUUGUGUCGACAUGUGGCUCACUAGACACGGCUCAUGCCCGGUAUGCAGACAAGAUGUGUAAAAUGUAUGUAGGCUUUGGUUUUCAUGUAUAGAAAAGGAACAUUGAUAUUGCUAAAUGUGUACUUGUAUGUAUUUUAUUGUAACAUAGUGUUCUGAAGCAAAUUGUUGUUCAUAAUCACAUGCUCUCCUUUGAAGGCAUUCACUGAUGAAGCCGGUAUCAUAUAGCAUCCUUCAUGUUUGGAUUUCGAGUUGAAAAAAGUUUGUAUGAGAAAUCCUGGAAAACUGAUAUUCCAUUGAAUCAAGGGCGGAGCCAAAAAUUCAGUCUAUGGUGG